AUGAGCACCCUGGCGCGGGGCACGGGGGUGCGGAGCCCCAGUCGGGGGCCCUCUGCGAGCCGCUGGCCGAUCGCAUUGCUUUUGCUGCUGCUGCUGCUGCCGCUGCCCGCCGCCUCCUGGUACAAGCACGUGGCGAGUCCCCACUACCACACGGUGGGCCGCGCCGCGGGCCUGCUAAUGGGGCUGCGCCGCUCGCCCUACGUGUGGCGCCGCGCACUGCGCCCCGUUGCCGGGCCCCUUGCCUGGGACGGCUUCGGCCUGGGUGUGUCCCCCCAGGGGCCAUCUGCCAGAAGCACCGUCUCUGGAGGGCCCGCCGCCCGCGAUGCUCUGUUGCUUCCCUCCGGAGUUCAGAAACUGUGGGAGGUGCGACGCAGAAGCUCCCGCGCAGGGCUCCCGGUGAGUGCGCCUCGCAGCCCGCGCGCCCCGAAGUCCGCGCCCCAACCGGAGCUGCGGCUGGGAUCCUACUCCUGGACCUCUGAAGAGCAGGCCAGGGCACCCUACAACCUUUCCAUCCCCGACUCCCAGUAG